CCGCAUUCGGUCUCCUUAACCCCCGGGGCUCCGCAGGAGGCGGAGAGGCUGCGGGAGAGUCUGGCGGGGGGAGAUCCAGACGUGCCCCGGGUGAGGUGGGGGCUCCUCCAGUGCAAAGGGAGGCGGAGGAGGGAAAGACCUGCGCCCGGCCCUCCUCCGGCUUCAACCCCGGGUCCUAUGCUCCCCAGCCGCCCUCUCCAUGGAAACAACAGGCGGGGCUGGAGCUCCGGAGCAGCUGCCUUGUCACCCGGAAGAACCGGAGAUUCCCAGGAGGCGGCGGGGAUCUGGGGUGGCCCUUCCCGCCCCGUGAUUAGAAUUGGCCUUGCAGAUCCUUGCAUAGAGAGAAGAGAAGCUGGGCAAGGCAGGAUUCGCGCCAGGGGCUGGAAGAGACUCCUGCUGAUCCAUUUAAGCUCAGGGCAGGUUGUGUGGUGGUUGUUCAGUGGCUAAAUUCUUCCAUUUCUAGUUGUUGAAUCCUCCCACCCCGCAAUUUCAGAUACCCAAACUGGAAGCCACUUGUAAUCUCUUCCCCUACAUCCAAAAUUAUAUCUUGGGCAAAGAGAGUUGGAAUAACCUGCUGUGGUCAGUCCUGCGGCAACAGAAACGGUCCCGUGAAUGAAAGGUGUUUGGAGAUCCACAAGAUUCCUUGGAUUCCUUGGGGUUGCUUUACGGGACAGAAAAAGGAUGGAGAGACAACCUUUAGCCCGUGGUGAGAGAAAAGGUGCUUCUGCGAGCUGUCCGCAGAUCUGGGCAAGAACUGGGCGGAAGAUCCUGGAGGAAGAAACCAUAGUCCGUUCAGAAGUUCAGCCCUUGAACUUCAGGAGCAUCCAAUAUCAGCAGGCUGAGGGUCCCCGAGGGCUUUGCAGCCGACUCCACGACUUUUGUAGGCGAUGGCUGAAACCAGAAAGGCAUACCAAAGCCCAGAUGCUGGAUCUCAUUGUUCUGGAGCAAUUCCUGGCCCUUUUGCCCUUUCGGAUGGAGAGCUGGGUACGGGAGUGUGGAGCAGAGACCAGCUCCCAAGCGGUGGCCCUGGUGGAAGGCUUCCUCCUGAGCCAGGCAGAGGAGCAGAAGGAGCAGGUCAAGUUGCAGUCCUUUGCUGUGGAGAUCAGAGACCGUGGGGGAAGGAGGAAUCCAUCAAAUCCUCCUCACGAGCUGUUUUUUAGGAGGAUUCCUCAAGAUGAUCCAAGUCAGAACACCUCAGGAGAGAGGAAUCGAAUGAAGUUUACUCCUAAUUGUGAAUCUAAAACUAUGGUUGAACCUCCAAAUCAAGAGGGUCCUGUGUCCUUUGAAGAGGUAGCUGUGUAUUUCUCUGAAGAGGAGUGGUCUCAAUUGGACCCUCACCAAAAAGAGCUGCAUUGGGAAGUCAUGCUGGAAAACCAUAGGAAUGUGGUCUCUCUGGGUAAUAAUGGGCAGGAAAAUAAAGAUUCCAGAGAACCAUUCCAAGCAACCAAUCCUGGGAAUGGAAUAGAGAAACCUGCGAUUAAAAUGGAACUUGAACAUCAUGAGACAAAACAGUCAAGAGAUUGGAAACAAGAAAGCUCGUCUUUCACUGAUGCUCCAAUGCAAGAUUUUCUUGGCCAACAAGGAGAAAUAGAGAAAAAAUAUAUUGGAAACGGUGUAAAAUUGUUCCAAGUCAAAUUAGAUGUAAAUGAAUACUAUCCAAACGAAAGCCAAAAAGAAGAGUAUAUAUGCAGAGACAGUUGGAAACAUUACAAUUCAACUUCCACUGCUUCUCCUGAAAAUGCGUCCCUUACAUCUCAUAAAAUGAUCCAGACAGAAGAGAAGCCGUAUAAAUGCUUGGAAUGUGGAAAGAGCUUCAGAAGAAGCAGUCAAGUUACUUCCCAUAAAUGGAUCCACACGGGGAAGAAACCAUAUACGUGCACAGAGUGUGGAAAGACCUUUACCCAGAAGGGUAAUCUUAAUUCGCAUAAGAGGAUCCAUACAGGGGAGAAGCCGUAUAAAUGCAUGGACUGUGGGAAGGGGUUCUGUGAAAAUGCAUCGCUUAUAAAACAUAAAAGGAUCCACACAGGGGAGAGGCCCUAUAUAUGCAAAGAGUGUGGAAAGACGUUUACUCACAGCAAUCAGCUUACUUGCCAUAAAAGGAUCCACACAGGGGAGAGGCCAUAUAAAUGUGAGCAGUGUGGAAAGGGUUUUACCAACAGCAGUCAUCUCACUUCCCAUAAAAGGAUCCACACAGGAGAGAGACCAUAUAAAUGCCAAGAAUGUGGAAAGAGCUUUUGCGAAAACGGGCCUCUUACUGUACAUAAAAGGAUCCACACAGGGGAGAAACCAUAUAAAUGCACGGAAUGUGGAAAGAGUUUUGGUGAAAAUUCAUCCCUUAUGAAACAUAAAAGGAUCCAUACAGGGGAGAAGCCAUAUAAAUGUAGAGAGUGUGGAAAGACCUUUACUCAUAGCAGUCAACUUAGUUCCCAUAACUGGAUCCACACAGGGGAGAAGCCGUAUAAAUGUGUGGAAUGUGGGAAGGGCUUUACUAAUAGCAGUCAUCUUAAUUCACAUAAAAGAAUCCACACGGGGGAAAAGCCAUACAAAUGUUUGGAGUGUGGAAAGACCUUCACUCAUAACGGUUCCCUUACGUCUCAUAAAAGGAUUCAUACAGAAGAGAAACCUACCAAAUGCCAAGAAUGUGGAAAGACCUUUACUCUCAGCGAUCGGCUUACUUGCCAUAAAAGGAUCCACACGGAGAGGCCAUAUAAAUGUGAGCAGUGUGGGAAGAGCUUUAUUAAUAGCAGUCAUCUCACUUCCCAUAGGAGGAUCCAUACAGGGGGAAAACCCUAUAAAUGCGUGGAGUGUGGAAAGAGCUUCUGUGAAAAUUCAUCAUUUAUUAAACAUAAAAGGAUCCACACAGGGGAGAAGCCAUAUAAAUGUGUGGAGUGCGGAAAGGGCUUUACUAAUAGCAGUCAACUUAAUUCACAUAAAAGAAUCCAUACAAGGGAAAAGCCACAUAAAUGUGUGAAGUGUGGAAAGAGCUUCAGUCAUAAUAGUUCCCUUAUGUCUCAUAAAAGUAUUCAUACAGAAGAGAUCAUAUAAUCAUCAGGAGCUUGGGUGGAGCUUCAGGAUGAGUGAUUACCUAAUUUUGCCAUUAACAUACAUUUGAAAAUUCACACAAAGUCUAGGUGGUUUUGUUUAUAUAUUUCAUAUUGCAUAUAUUGAGCUAAGAAAGGAAAAAUGUUUUGAGUCAGACACUUAUAACUGGCAGCUCCAGAGAGGUAAAAUUACCAAUGAAAACAAAAAAAAAUCUUCCACUUGAUUAUGAACAGCAGAUUUUUGAAGGUACUGUAAUUUGAAGAAGGCUAAUGCAUCUCUACUCAAAUAUUGUGGCCACCUAAUCAGAAGGAAGGACUAGCUGGAGAAGAGCCUAAUGCUAGGAAAGAUGGAGGGCAAAAGAAGAAGGGGACAACAGAGAAUGAGGUGGCUAGAUGGAGUCACUGAAGCAGUAGAUGUGAGCCUAAAUGGACUCCAGAGGAUGAUAGAGGACAGGAAGGUCUGGAGGAAGACUGUCCAUGGGGUCACGAUGGCUUGGACACAACUUCACAACUAACAACAAAAUGUACCUCUAUAAUAAAAAUUCCUUCUGAAGAGUAUAUUUAUCAGUUUUCAGUUGAUCUGGAUUCGGGGUGGGGGGUGGGAUGUAGACAGGCAGGUAUUUAACAAGUGCUGUUUCCCCAAAGCAAAAGAAGGUGUUUUUCUUCAUGACAAAGCUUGAUUAGUCUUUCUUCCAUUAUAGCAGAGAUGGAGGUAGAAAUUCAACUUAUCCAAAUAGUUUACUCAAAGAUACUUUUUCAACGGCAAAUAGAUUGUUUGUUUUUUUAAGGAAGAUGUUUUGUUUCUUAUGAGCCAGCAGUGUGCUGCCACUGCCAAAAAACCCAACAUAGUUAUAGGCUUCAUAAACAGAGAUGGAAUCAAGAUCACAUGUUAAUACCACUUUAUAAGGCCUCCAGUUUUGGCUGCCACAAUGUAAAAAAAGAUGAUGAGUCUCUAGAAAGAGUGCAGUGAAGAGCAACCAAGAUGAUUAGGGAACUGGAGGCUAAAACAUAAAAAAAGAAAAAUCCAGUCUGGUUCCAAGUGAGGAGAAAGACACUGGAAAUGAAAUAGAGACUGGCCACAAGGAAAAAAGGUCUCUGUUUAUUUGGAUGCCAGAAACUUUAGUAACAAAAGCAUGUUUCUGGGGUGGCUGACAAAAUGGGGUUGAGAGAGGUGGGCUUUUAUACAUAGUUCGGGGUAUGAUUGAGAUGCCUGUUCUUGUGGAAUAACAUGUCCUUUAAUAUUUUAAUGGAUGUUGCCAGAUUCAUAUGGGGUCAUAUAGGGGUCAUGGCUGGCUCUACAGGCAAAAGGGGAACUGCAAAUCCUAGGUGUUUAUCAGUUAAUCUUGUCAAGUUUUGGCUUGCCUAAUUGUGUUGCUUAUCUGGGGUCUCUUUGCUUAUGAAUAGAUUGGCAUACUUAACAAUCAUCAGUGUCAGCUUUGGAAGCCAUAUUAGGCCAGAAGCUUCCACGCUGCCACCUUCUCCUGUGUGGGAAAGUAGGAGGGGGAAUUUUUGUAGACAGAUUGGUUUUAGACAAAAUACCAUUCUUCCUUUCGGUCAAGGUCAGGAUGAUCCUGCAUCUGGAGAAGGAGUGGUUGGAAUGCUGUCUCGAGAUGGGACGAAUACUGAUUGGAGCAUGUGAUCGACUGAUGAUUAAGGGGAUGGUUUUGGGGCUUUUGAUUUACUGAGGGAAAACCCGGAAAUCUCAGAUUCGGGUUUUCCCAGAUGUGCCAGUAAACCUACUCAAUUAAAAAGAGAUUUCCUAUAAAACUUUUCAAUUAAAAAAAAAAAAGAACUUUGAGAAAUGCUUGCUUCAGAGUUUUUAAUUGGAGAGAGGUUGUUUCUGGAAUGUUGACAAUCAGCACAUUUACUGUCUUAUUUCCAGUAACAUAGCAGCCCCCCUCCCUUCUAAGUUCCCUUUUUCUCAUGCAUUACUUUAUGGAUUCAAGCCAAAAUAUUUAUACUUCAGCAUAAUCAUCCAGCUCUAAAUGUAUUUUAAGCACAUCUGUGUUUUCCCAGGUUUCCUGUUCGCAUAAUUGCCUUGUCCCAUGUCUUCAUUUGGGGUUCCAUUUUUAGCGAGCAUUAAAGGUGAUUUAUCAAGCAACAUUGUUUCCAUUUGUCUUCAUGCAAAAAUUCUUAGCUAAUUUCAAUGCAGCAAUAGGUGUACCAAGGGCCAGAAAAGGCUAAA